AUAGCAGAGAGAGGGCGAGAACUGGAGGGCGUGCUGAAACAGUACAACAAAUUCGUAAAGCCUGCCUUUGACCACUAUAUAGAGCCCACCAUGUCACAUGCAGACAUUAUUGUACCCAGAGGAGGAGAAAACCGAGUGGCCAUUGAUCUCAUCGUCCUUCAUGUCCACACACAGCUUAAAAAGAGAGGCUUUAAAUUACGUAAAGAACUGGCACACUCUGCCAUGAAUGGUACAAAAAUGCCAAACAGCCUGUAUGUUUUAGAACAGACUCCACAAGUACAGGGACUUCACACAUUUAUAAGAAAUCGUGACACACCGAGAGAUGAAUUUAUUUUCUACUCCAAGAGGCUCAUGAGGUUGCUGUUUGAGUAUGCACUAUCAAUGUUGCCACACAAGGCUGUAGUCAUAGAGACACCUCAAGGGUUUCAGUACCAUGGCAAAAGACUGGAUGCCAGCAAGGGCGAUGGAGGAAUGAUUUGUGGAGUUUCUAUAUUGAGAGCUGGGGAGACAAUGGAACAGGCUCUAUGUGAAGUGUGCAAGGACAUCAGGCUGGGAAAAAUUCUAAUUCAGACCAACUUAGACACGGGUGAACCAGAGUUACACUACCUCCGUCUACCAAAGGACAUUAAAGAAUCUCAUGUUAUGUUGAUGGAUGCUACCGUGGCAACAGGUGCAGCGGCCAUGAUGGCGAUCCGAGUCUUGUUAGAUCAUGACGUCCCUGAAGAAAACAUCACCCUUCUGUCCCUACUGAUGGCAGAAACAGGUGUCCAUUCAGUUGCUUAUGCAUUCCCCAAAGUAAAAAUUUUCACAACUGCAGUUGACAAGGAAGUAAAUGAACAAUUCCAUAUUUUACCAGGCAUAGGUAACUUUGGAGAUCGCUACUUUGGCACUGAUUUUUCAUAAAGUGGAGAGCUGCAGGACUUGGCUCUUUUCUCUGUUCUUUUGUCUACAAUGCUCAAUCUUGCUUCCAAGUCUUAAUAGUUUCACAUCACAUGCAGUAAAUGGGAAAUGUUUUUAUUACACUGUAUAUUAUUUGUGUGUCAUAAAGUUGCUGUGAGAGAUUUUGAUUUAAAGCCCUUUUUUGGCCAGUUCAUUCUACUUUUUCAUUGUCAGGCUCAUGAAUACAUAUUACUGUGAGGUCACUAAUUUUCGUGGAGGUUUCAUUUUCAUUGUUUUCAAGGUAUGGAGA